AUGCUGCAGGCGAACAAAGCGCGAGUGGUGGCGGACCUGGCUUACGAGACGCUGGAGAUUCGUCACCUUGAGCUGCGUUACUGGAUGGAGGUUUUCAAAAAGUUCGGCGUGCUUGCUGCCUUCCUCGGCGGCUUCGCCUCGUCUGUGAUGCUCCUCAACACGGCGGAGGCUCGCGAAGCGCGGCGGACAAACGUGCUCUUCGUUCUCGCCUCGGGCGGCGCCAUGGGAUGCAACCUCGUUCUCCUCACCGUCAGCGUCAUCUGCUGCCUCUGGGGACCCGGCCGCGCCCUCACAGGCAGAGGAAGCAAGUCCUACACUGUGGCGAUUGAGGUGUUGGAGAAGAUGUAUCGGCACUGCAUGCUGCUCUUUCGCAUGGGUUUGCUGUGCUACCUGACGGCGUCGAUCUUUGCGGUGUUCAGCACGUUUCCAGUCUUCUCCGCGGCGCUGAUUUCGCUCGUUUUUCUCUUUUUCGGCUACGUGUUGGUGAUCCGCGCGGCGCACCUGAAGGCCAAAUUCGUGCCUCAGUACUUCACCUCUGGCGCCCUGCGCGCGAACCCCGUGAGAGACAUUGGAGACGAGCUCACCGCGCGGCAAGACCCCGGACUGGCGGGCUUCGCGCUCGACGCGACGUUUGGCCAGCGCAUCUGA